AUGGAAUCGAGCAGGACUGAUAGAGAUGACACUAAUAAUAGAAUCACAGGGUCAAUACUUUUAUUUGAGGCCUCAAAGGAAGGAUCGGUAGCGACCUUGAAUGCCUUGAUAAAAAAUGAUCCCUUGAUCUUGACUAGAAUUUCACUCACCACUUUCACUGAAUCUCCUUUACACAUAUCAGCUGCGCUCAACCACCUCGAUUUCACUGUAGAGCUUCUGAAGCUGAAGCCGCAGCUUGCUUUGGAGCUGGACUCCUUAAGACGCUCACCUCUUCACUUGGCUGCCGCCGAGGGGCACAUGGAGAUAGCCCGAGCCUUGUUGCGUGCAAAUAAAGAUGUUUUCUUUGUUAAAGACCAACAUGGAAGAAUCCCUCUCCACUAUGCUGCCAUGAGAGGUCGCGUGGAUGUGAUUCAACUUCUUGUUGAUGCCCAAAGCGAGUCGGUUUUUGAGGUGCUUCCCAAUGGAGAAACAGCUCUACAUUUAUGCGUUCGGUAUAACCACUUGGAGGCUCUGAGACUGUUGGUGGAAGCCUCGGGUCGUGACACUGACACCGCCAAGUUCCUCAACGCCAAAGAGCAUGAAACUGGGAACACAGCUUUGCAUUUAGCAGUCACGCUGGAGCAAUCUGAGACUGUAGAGUACUUGCUUUCGAUCAAUGGGGUGGAAAAAGACAUCGUGAACAACGAAGGUCAUAAAGUCUCUGAUCUGGUUGAUGAUCUAGCAACAGAUUUCAACACAGUCCAAAUCCAACGUAUGAUGGAUGUGAAGUUGGCCAAAAAAUCAUUUAAAAGCCGGUGGUUCCAUACGAUUUAUAAGCACUUAAAGAGUAAAAGGCUGAAAGAUGUAGAAGGAUCAAUCAUGGUGGUGGCCACCUUGAUCGUGUCAAUGACAUUUCAGGCCACAAUUAACCCUCCAGGCGGAGUAUGGCAACAAACGUACAACACAACCAAUGGCGUUGGAAGUGAUUUUGAUUGCCAAAAUCGUACAUGUUUAGCGGGAACCUCGGUACUAGCACAUAUGGACGACUACAGCAGCCUUUAUCCUUUAUUCUUAUGGUUCAACAGCUUGGCAUUCCUUACUUCAGUCAAUAUCCUACUUCUGAUUAUGGCGGGAGCACCUAUCAUCAGGCUCUUUAAUUUGGCCUUGUGUGUCACCUUGGCAUUUUUGGGUUUCUCUUUCCUCUUAGCCAUGAUAAUGGUGACUCCCGAUCAUAUGAAGCAAAAAGUAAACUAUUUGCUCCUAUUUGCUUAUGUUUGGUGGGGGAUAUUUCUGCUUUGUGGGGCGUGGCACACAAUUCGCUUAGUUCUUAGGAUGCCAAAAUGUUUGCACGACGGCAAAAACUUCAUCAGUCGUAAAUGGCAGGCAUGGUUUGGUAGUUCUCGUGCAUAA